GCUUCUAUUAUUAGUCACCGGUCAGCUAGAGCCAUCAAUGAGUACUAUCCAUGAACUAGCCGAUACAGACUGUAAAGUGGUAACGAUAGAAGGCGUAAACAUGUAUAUAUACAGCUUCCUCCUGUGGUCUGAUGUAUACCAUAACUUCACACUUGUAACCAUUUCGCAGUCACUCAUCUCUCAACGAGACAUCGUAUCACUCUUUUUGCGAAGUUAUCGUGUCACUCAUUACAUUCCCCUUUAUUUCCUGUUCGUUUCCUGUGCGAGCGUACCAUGGGUCUAUCUAAAUCCAUAUGGGCAAAACUGGCCUUGAUCGCAAUCGCGCAGGCUAGCCCAAUCACUCAGGACCUUGGCGAAGUUGACGAAAGCGCACAGAACUGCGGGCUCAAAGCUUUCGAGCCCAAGUCAUGGGCGGAAAGUGGUGCUGAGAAAUUCCUCGGCGAAUGGCUCGACAAGAAUGGCCCAGAUAAUUGGCUUCAAGCUAUCAGCGAUGCUGAGAUGGGGCCUAAUACCAUUGCAAUCGAUUGUGCACACACGAGCUCCAAUAAUUGCAGAGCGCCAGAAAGUCCUGCAAACUGUGACAAAUACGAAUACUACUUCAUUCGUAUCAUGGCCUCUCAGAUAAACGCCCAAUUCAAGAAUCUUCAAGAUAACCUUCAGGUUCAGACCAUCAAGGAUGCUCUUAAGGUAGACACUAUAAUCAAAGACUUUGAUGUUCUCAAGCCUCCAGAAGGACAAAAGGUGGGCGACCUGCUGAACAACAUUGCCAUUGGGCCCUCCAUUCUAUCUGCAAUCUUCAGCUUCGCACCAGGCGGAGCAGUCGCAUCGGGAAUUUUCUCACUGAUUGGUGCUGCUAUUACCGCUACAGCUCAAAACCUAGAAGAGGACAAGCCAGAGAUCCCCGAGUACAAUGAUCUUGCAUCUGUGAUGAAUGACCGUCUCGGUGGCUUCUUCAGCGAUACCCAAUCCAUGUUGGAGAAAACCCUCCUGGCCAUCUUCGGGGACAGUAGCAUGCCCCGAGAUGGUUCUACCAAGCUCGUGCGCGAUAUGGUUGGGCGAAUGUCUGGCAUCGGUGUUGAGAACCUAACCAAAGAUGCCAUUUCUCCCAUUGCUGAACUGCUGAAAGGCGGCGAGUGGCUUAGUCCAGUACAGAACGGACACAUAGACGAAGCAAUGGAAAAAGCCUUCGCUACGACCCGUCAAGGCCUCAUCGGCAACCUUCUUGCAACCUUACAGGUGUAUGUCGAACAGGAGAUGCCUGCAUAUAACGAGGGCCUGGUCCAGCCAUGUACCGCACUCGGCACCUUGAUGGAAGGCAACUCAUGCCACGUAAUCAAGCAUCGCCCAUUCGAGGGAACCCGGGAGCGCGUGCCCCUGGAGGAGAAAUAUCUCAAGCUCAUGGGAGACUACGGCAUCGAUCUCCACACUCUGAUCCGCAACACGCGCGACUGCAACAAUGGCAAAGCCGAUACCGCGCAGAUCCUCACCGAUGGCUCCUACCCGCUCUGCUUCUUCGGCAUGAACUUUGCCCAACGUGUCCAUGAGAAAGACUGGGAUUUCCAGAGAGCCGUGUCCCCAUUCUCAUGUCUCUCCAAAUACCAGAAUCAGAAGAGAGUGCCCGGCUGGAUUACCGAUGACCGGUCCCACUGUGACAACGAGAUUCCGAAAUGGAAGCCCUGCAAAGUUACGUUUGAAGAGACGGCUUAUUGGACCGAGGGUGGCCUUGAUCGCUACAGAAUGGGCAUGGUCGGCGAUAAUAUCGACAUAGCACCGAUUUGCCCGUAUGCAUACGACAAUCGAAGGUGUGCUUUCGCGUCGAACCGGCAAUGCUACUUCAACGAAGAGCUGAAGAAGUGGGUCUUUGACGUCAACUUUCCCAAGGGUUCUCAUGGCCACGGCCAAUAUUUGGAGUGCAGAGACAGCAUACGCACUAAAUACGCCAAAGACAAUCGGUGUCAGAUUGGCUGAGGCUGCGGCUAAGGCUUCAUACUAUGGAUGUGUAAGAUGGUAAUCAGAUUGAUUUAUCUGUUGUGAAAAGUCUGUAUAGUAGUAUAGAAUGUAGAACUUGAUAAUUGUUAUUUUCCUAGAAGACCUCGUUAAUCUGUCUAGUUUGUUUCAUGUUUG